AUGCUGUCCACAGAUACCAGUUCCCAGAACAUGAAGGAGCCACCCCAGUCCGACCCCGUCAAGCCUUCUCACCCGCCCUCUGGCUCACCGCUUCCAUAUUAUUACUGGUACUCGGCGCUGUCCUCGCCACUUCUUUUGCCUGCCCUCUCCGAUUCCCUCCCCUGUCAUCGCCAGAAUCUACUCCCGCCCUCUUGCUGGUCCGAGGCCCAACCCGCCGCCAAUCUCCUAAAGCCCUUUGUCCUGACCAUCCUUGGGCUCUGCAUUGAAUAUGCUCCCGCGAAGCUCGCAUCUUCUCUCUCAGCUCUUGGCCAAGCCUGUAUAUCCAUCCUUGGCCCUGCGGAGGCUUCACGGGUGUGUUUGGGGGAGUCUUCCGGCGAAGGCUCCGCCGACAAAGACUCAGCCAACAAAUCUCGGAAAUCCGGCCCCAACGCCGAGUACCAAGUCGCCCCAGGCACAACCCCAAUCACCGUACCGAUCCAUGCCAGCCUCCACCCGCCACCCUCCUUGCCCAGACCCUUCUUUUCUGACGCGGCGCCUCUGUGUCCGGCACGGUGGGCAAACGGGCUAUUGCUUGCACCCUCCGGGCCUCCGUUGAAGUACACAUGCAAAAACAAUCCUAUUAUCUUGGAAUGA